AUGGCAAUUGAAGGAAGACAAUUAGAAACUGGAAUUUUAGUAUUUGCAGGUGUUACUUCGAUUAUAUGUCUCAUCAAAACAAUUCAUUUAUUUAAAACAAAAAGAAAUAGAUCUUUUAAUAGAUUAAAAGAAGCUAUUCAUGUUAUUACAACUAUUCAUUCAUUUUUUUUGGCAAUUACCCAAGUUCCAACUGUUUAUGCAAAUGAAGCUUGGAAAGGACAAUACUUUCCUCUUAGUUUACCAAAAUGGUACAUUGCAAAGGGUUGUUUUACCUCUAUAUCAUAUACAUUAUUUUCAUUUGUUUUUAUGUUAUUAUUAACUUAUUGGAUUGGAAUGUAUCAAGAUAUAUUUACCAUUUCAAAAGGUAAUUUACUUACUAGACGUACCAAAAUAUUAUAUUUUUCAUUAUUGGUUCCCAUCUUGGUGUUGAGUGUCAUUCAUUUUAUUGGUAGUCUUACCUUUCAAGUUACACUCAAAUUCAAUACCUAUGUAAAUAAUCUAUCAAUCAUUUUACUAUGUGUUAUAUUUAUUGGUUAUAGUUUAUAUGUUUUAUUCUUUGAGAAAAGAGUUCAUUCUCCAAGUAAAAAAAUGGUAUUAAUGAUUGCAAGAGGAAUAUUAGUAUCAACAACAUAUAUUAUAUUAUGUAUCUUUCAAUUACCACAUGUUGAAUUUUAUAUAGAUUCUACAAAAUUUGGAAUAUCGUUUCUUCAAUGUGUCGUCAUUCUAGAGGUACAGUUGAUUGUCUAUUUCGAUUGGUGGGAUUUGAUUAGAGGAACCAAACCAGUGAUCCUUGCUCGUAGAUUGAAAUCAAAGAUAUGUUCAAAGCUUGGGGUUGGACAAUCCAAUGAUUCAACAAGAUCCUCUGAAAAGACUACCAAUCGUUCAACAUCGGAAUUUGAGACUGAUUUUACAGUCUAUCAAAUCGAACAUCCAGAUGAGAAUAGUAGUGCAAGAGCCGUACCAGUUGUAGAAAUGUCGGUUAUUAGUGGAAUGAGAGAACAAGAAAAGAUUGGCGAAAAGACUCCUCGUCAUGUCCACCAUCCUCAAAUUCUAUUGACCGAAUCAACCAUUACAGAUACCAAUUCAGUUCAAUCAUCUUCAGAACCAACCACCAACGUUGAAACACCAGAUCUAUUGCAUCAAACUGUUAGUAAUGACAGUCUCACCAAUGGUGAAAAGUAUGCUUCCUUUUCAAUCUCUAAUCAUCAUAAUAAUUCUACUAGUACCACAAGUACUAGUUCUCUUACCUCUCGUCGUCAUACCUCUUUUUCUCCAGAUUCUUCAAAAUGUAAUAAUAAUAAUAAUACUGUUGAAGAUGAAAAUAAUAAUAAUAAUAAUAAUAGUACUACCAAUAAUGUAUUAAAUACUAGUAGUAGUUUACCUCCAACAUCAUCUCCAUGUUGUAAAUCACUUUUUCCAAGCUUUUGUUUUCUUUUCAAUAGAACCAAUGAAGUUGGAGCAGUGCAAUUGUAUCGAUGGGAUCAAGACCUUGAAAGACUUGAAGGAUUUGGACUCUCUUUUUAUCGUCGGCUCGGUGAUGAACUUCAUAGGUCAAGUUCAUCACCAAGAGAUAGUCCGAAUCUUUUGAUUGCUCGACUCUCUCGUUCACCAAGUAACUACAAGUUUAAAUAG